UGAACGCCUUAUUUUUAGUGUAUAAAUCAUUGGCGCCCCCAGAGCAACGAGCGUCACUUGCCUGGCAAGAAGAAAAAAACAAAGGAGAAGACCGUUAGCCAUGGCCUCCGAAGGGUACAUUGACGAUGCCCAAAAUUGGUCUAAAGGAGGCAUCGGUGUUGAUGCAGAUAUGCUCGACAUUGUUGAGGCUAUGGGAGGGUCGUGCAUCGAGCCAAACGAGGUCCUCUCCCAGGCUGGGCCUAUGGCAAAGGCGAUAUUCAAGAAUUGGGACCUCCUUCGCGUCAUUCUGGAACGACACGAGGCCACCAUCCAGAAGCGGUGGAUAAAAAAGUCAAAGCCCAAGCGUCGAGCCACUCUCCUAGCGGCCUGGCCCAAGAUGUCUGAAUUUCAUCGGCCGGAUAUCGUGGCGUCGAGAAAGAAAAAGACGGGAGCGUGGGCAUACCAAGCCUGUAUGUGGCCGGCCAUCAACCUGGAAGACCUAUCCAAGACAGAACCCCUCCUUCUGAUGCUAAACGCUAGGGGACGAAAUCCCCCCGACGCGUUCACGAUAGCCGAUAUCGACACAACUCGGUUCGGAAUAACCAGCCGAACUAUUAACAUGCCUCGGUUCCUUAACGGAUACUCCAUGCUGUUUGCGGGGAGACGCAGCCCCGAGACAUACGGCCAGCUUGUUUCUCUUGAUGAGGAACCGAAUUCCUUCGAUUGGGUCAUAAAGCGUGUUGCUCUCCUCCCGGGCGAAGGCCUACGGGCACUUGAGAUCCAAAGCCGGUUGUACUCGUUCCUGGUCGACGUAACUAGGGCCAUUUUACACGACAUGACCACAGAGUCUCUUACCGACCCGGCCUUGGCCGUUCAACCAGAGCCGCCAAUUGUAUCAGCUAAUUCCAACUCUUCCAAUACCACCUCGCUUUCUGUUACAGCGCUCGAGAGCUCGUAUCGCUUGCCUGCUCGUCUGGAUCUCUCCCGUCUGAAGUUGGCGGUUGAGGCUAAGCUCUCUGAGGCCGAAGAUCAUCUAUGGGCACUCCGUGAAGAUCCCGCGUACUUUGCCAUGAAUAUACUGGACUGGAAGGAACACCGCCAGGAGAUGCUUGCGGAUCUACGCGGAAAUCCCCACCCGAUCCACCGGUCCGGCUCGGGUAUAUUUUGGGAUCGAGUUAUCCGCAGUGCGACAUUUACCGCGCUGCAAAUGAUCGAGUACUGGGGCAUCCUUCUCGAAAAGAUAACUUGUGUUGCUGAGCUCCAGGCGCGAAAAUAUCCCAACGGCAGCGUACGGUUUGAGGACAAUCUCCCACUAGACUUUGCAAUGGCGUUUUACCAACUACAUAACCACUUGGUCGAGUUCCGAAAGGUCCCCAUCAAGAUGAUAGUGGAGGGAUGGGUCGCUUCACCACCCAUGCGGCCCUACUGGCGGCGGAAGCCUCCACCGAAUACGACUACGCCCCUAAUCACCACGGUGUACAUAGGAAACACUGAGCUAAGCAGCCCCGAAGGCGAAAUGAUGUCGGUCAUAUCGACCCUUAAUGACGAUCACCAGUUGUUCUUGGUCGGCCUACCAAGCCUAAUGGAUGAAAUCGAGCGGCUGAUGAAGGGGGAUUCUGCCGCAUCCCAGCUCGUAUCUGGCUGGGUUGCCGAAAAAAUAUCCCACCUGUCUGUCAUAUCCGAAUCCUUACGGCAGCUCGAGCUCUUUCAACCUUGGGCAGCGACGUUCGAAGCCGCUAUGGUCGAACACGAGGACGAAAUCAAGAGGGAUUACGAGAAGACACUGAAACGUCUGCGGGCCCUUUACACCUUCGAGUCGGUCCCCUCUACGAUGUGUUUGGGGAUUCCGACUGAUGGCCGGUUCAAGUACCCGGCCGAGAAGAGACGAACUAAGGAGACUGUGGAUGUGAUGCGGAGUGCUGAGCGAGCGCUUGACCAGUUCUGGCUAAAGACGCGGCACGACCUGGAAGCAGCAGGCGCCAUGACACCUCGCUUGCGUAGAAUUUUCUCCCAACGCGUCCAGCGUACUCCCGAAUGGACGGCACCGACUGAAGUGGUGCGGCGUGCCGUUGCCAGUUCGGCCGCUGCCAGCUCGGGAGACCUGGCCGCGCCGUUUGGCGGCUUGGAUCUGAAGGACAAGCCUAGGGAUAUAUCAGUAGCCGAGCCUAAGGAUAUACUAGCAGCCCAGCCGAAAGUUAAGCUCAAGACCCGUGGUGCGCCGCGGUCAACCCCGACCGACACCACCGACACGCCCGGAGUCGACGUUCCAAUACCCCCCAACCGGGAGCCCCUUUUCGAGGUAGAUAAGCGUGCUCACAAGGUCUUUGGUUCGCUCUUCUUCGCCCCCUCCAUCUCGUCCCAGCCAGGUGAGGUCUCUUGGUCCGAAUUUCUCUACGCCAUGGGCAGCAUCGGCUUCGCCAUGGAGAAGCUGCACGGGUCAGCGUGGCGGUUCGUGCGAGAGACUGGGGACGUCGGGCGUAGCAUCCUAUUCCACGAACCGCAUCCUAGAUCCAAACUAUCAUUAGUCCAGGCACGACGCAUCGGGAGGAGGUUGAACAAAACGUAUGGGUGGGAAUGGGAUCUAUUCACGUUGCGAUGAACUUCGAUGUAUGUUUCGUUCUGCUAGGAUAGGCUAGAAUUGGAUAAUAGUGAAAGGGAUACGCGGUCUAAAGAUGCUAAUAAUUAGCUACGCCUUAACUUCCGAGCAAAACUUCUCUAUAUAUAUUAAUGCCUGGUAUAUUAUGGCAUGAGUGGUAUUCUACUUUCCCUUAGUCUGGAUUCAGAUAUUCGAGAACAAUCGUCCAGUAUUUCGGUGCAUUAUCCUUCAUGUUUUCAAUAGUUAAUGACCGGAUAAUAUGAACUCGGGAUUGAAUACUUUAGAAUAUGAUGGCAGAAAAUCCCAUUUAAUAAGUAGAGACACUCGCCGAGGCCUCUGUGACUC